AUGAGUUAAAUAUCACAAUAAGUGAUAGAAGAAGAGAGUGCAGAGAUAAAUGAAGAUACGAAAAGUGUCGAUAAAAAUGUAGCAAAGGAAGGUUAAUAAAAAAUAAUUGAUUAGUAAGCUGAAGAUAUAACUAUCUAGCCAUCAUAAUAGAUGAAUGAUUAGCAAUCAUAAAAAAUAUAAUAAACAAGUACUAAAAAAUUGGAGCAUAAAAUUUAAAGUGGAUCUUCGAAAAAGAAAAUUGAGGAUUAAGAGAAUUAAAAUGAAGAUGAAGAUAAGCUUGAUGAUGCUGAACUCUUUUAUAUUGAACUUUAAGAUGCUAUCCUUACAGGAGAUUAAGAUCAUAUUUUGGAAGUAAAAAAAAAAUAUGAAUAAGCUGUUUACUUAAAAAGGAAAAAAAUUACUGAUGCUGCAGAUAAGAAGAAGGAAGAAAAGGCCAUUAAAAAUUAGCAACAUCUACUUAAAUAAAGCCAAAUCAAUAGAAGAAACUUAAUGCUAGAAAAGGAAAAGAUGAUAGAAGAAAAAGAGAAGGAGCUUGAUAAAUUACAUGAGAAAAUUAAACAAAGAGCUAUAGAGGAAGAAAAGGAGUUUCAAAAAAGAGAAAAAGAAAGAAAAUAGAUAGAAAAAGAAAAGACAAAACUGGCCAAUACACAUAACAAGAAGAUAGAAUAAGUUAUAUCAGAGUAAAAAAGUGAAAUGGUCUAAAAGUAGAAGCAAUAGUAGGAGAUAUUGAAGUAAUAGAGAUAAGAAGAUGAAGAAAAGAGAAAAGAAUUAGAAAGGAACGAGAGAGCCAAGCAAAUUGAGUUAUAUAACAAAACAAGAAAGGAGUUGGAAGAAGAAAAAUAAUAAUAGAAAGAGUUAUAAAAAAUAAAUAAAAAACUCUUUGAAGAUGAAGUAAAAUAGCUAAGAGCAGAAGAUGAAAAAAAAUAAAAGCUAGAGGAAGAAGAAAGGAAGAGAUUAAGAGAGAUAGACUUAAAAAGAAAGAAAGAUUAAUAGUAAACUUAAAGUUUAAUAGAUUCAUAAUUCUAAGCUGUCUAAGAAAGAAAAAACCUUUUAGAAUAAGAAUAUAGUCAUAAAUUUGAUAAAAUAAAUAGUAAGAAAGCUGAAGAGCUUGCAAUUCUCUAAGAGAAAUCAAAAAAAAGGGAUAAGAAAAUAGAAAUGACAAGAUGGAAUGCACAGUUUUAAGAAGAAUGGAGAUAAAUGAAGCUUUAAGAUAAGAUGAGAUUGGAGGAAUUUAUUUUAAAUGAAAUAAUGGAAGACAAGUAAAAGUUUUUAGAGUGGAAAAAAGAGUAAACUUAACUAAAGGAAUAAUAAGUAUCUCAGCAAAAGCUUCAAAAGCAUAUUGAAAAAGUUGAUAAAAUAAAUUAAUAUGUAGAUAAAUUAGAAGCAGAUGAUCAAAUGACAUUCGAAAUAUUCUAAUUAAAGCAAAUGCAACACAGUAUUAAAUUUGAAGAUAAGCAAAAAUAGGUUGAAUUAGCUAGGUAAUAGGCUUAAAAAAUGUAAGAAGAGAAGGAAAAAAGAAUUGCAUAAAAAAUUAAAGAAGACGAAGAAAAGGCAUAAUUAGUCAUAAGUUAAAAUAAAACAAUUAAACUGUCAGAUUAUGAGCAAAAGAGGCUUUUGAUCUAGCAUAACUUAAAACAAAAAGAAAAAUUAGAUCAAGAAAAGAAGAAGAAGAUCAUAGAGCAGAUAGAAAUGGAUAAUAUCAAAUAUUUAUAGAGCAUCUAAAAUAAAACAGCUUCUCUUUAUUAUUUUAGGAAGAAUCGUCUAAUUAAAUCAGCUAAUCAGUAAGAAAACAUAAAAUAGGUUGAAAGAGCUCGAAGAAAAAAGCUAAUUUAAUUUGAAUAAAAUAUUUAACAAAAAAAGGAGAGAGUUGAAAUUAGAGAGUAAUUUAAAGAAAGAGAGUAAGAAAUGAGAAGGUAAUUAGAAAUUCAUGCACAAUAAAUGAAAGAAAAGGAAUUUAAAAAAUUAAGAAAUAUUAUUUCAUCUAACAAAUAAAUAAGACCUUAGUCUUCUAAUCCUUAUACAUAAAAUAGGAAUUAUUAAAAUCUGUAUUGA